GCCACGCUAGUGUUUCCUACCCACUCCUCCCAACACCAUCUACCGGACCUAAGCUUUGCCAUGUUGCUACCACUUCUGGGAGCCUGUGCCGUGGUGGGCCCAUUCCAGGGCCCUGAGUGGGAGCCAGUAAGAGGCCUGCUGUCCCAGGAUCAAAGCUGCAGGGAUCCCCGGUGCUGUGGUAAUCUGCUUGUCUUCUGCCUCUUUCUGAUCUGGCAGAUCCAACAGUAUUGGUACCGGGUCUCCAGGACCAGCAAGAGGAAUACCAUCAAGGUACCACCGCAGAGAUGGGCAGUGUUAUCCACCAGAUGUGAAACUUUCUUUGGGAUGAUUCACAAAUUCUUUACUCAUGGAAAAAUCAGAGACCUGGACGUUCCUGUCCGACAAUGGACACAGAGGCAGAGAUGGGGAUAUAGGAGGAGCCUCAGACAACAAUGGGCCACCCAGUACCUGCUGUCUCCACAGAACUCAUGCCAAGACCUGCCUUGGGUUGUCCACAGCUCUUCUGAGCCCAUUAUUUGUACCCCUUCCUUGUCAAGCACCUGUCUUCUCCCUCAGGACAAUUCUUGGGAAGUGUGGCAAGUUCCCUGGUGUCCCAGCAGUAGCCAGGCCCACCCUUCCCUGGACAUGUGCCAAAGAAUGGAGCCGUGGCUGGCUCCCUCCCCGGAGAAGUUGGUGCCAAUGGAGCCUGUUAGCCUGAAAUACAACUCCACCUCCACCGCCUUAGCCAUCUCUCUCCCAAACUUCCCUUUAGUUCACAGGUCAAAGUUCUGCCUCAGAGGGCUUCUGCCUGGUCCUCUUAACCAACAAUUGGAACCGCCCACCAAGAAGUCCCUGGAUAGCCCACAAGAUCCCUCAGAACCACAGGGUGAAACUCAGACAGGCGGCAGAGAAUAUAGUGAAGAUACCCUGCAAUACACAGACCAGAGAAAGAGCAGAAAGGAGGAUGCUUCAGAAAUGCAAUCAUCUGGAGGCCCCCUCCUCCCUGUAGACUUUGGAGUGGAGAAGGAUGGAGAGGCUAAGGCCCUGGGGUGUGGAAACCAGAGACUAGUAAGCAGAGAAACUGAUGGAGAGAUCUCAGUGCCAGAGCGGGAGAAGCAAGACCAAAUGGGAACUGAAGAUAGAGAACCAACUGAGAAACUAUGGAAGAAAACCCAGAGGGAGCCUGGAGACAGGAAUCCUUCUACCCAGGCUCAUAUGGGAGAGAAUCAAGAAGAGGUCAGACGUAAAACUGACACAGCAACUCAGACACCAGAGUGGGGGAACCAGGAGGAUGCUGUGGAGACUCUGGCUCGGGGGAAGAAGAAUGAGAAAGAAGCGAGAGGGAAGGAAGAGGCAGAGGCCCGGGAGCAAGGACUGGAGACACGGAGCUGGAUUGGAAGUAAGAACAGUGAGGAUUCCCAAAUGCUAAGUCAGGGCACACAAGACCCGAUCGGAGGUAAUACUGGCACAGAAACUGAGGCAGAGGAAGGAGGAAACAAGGGCCAGAUGGGAAGUGAGGAUGGUGUGAAAAUCCGGACAUCUGGGAGGGAGAACCUGAGAGAAACCAAACAACAGGACAGUGAAGAGACCUGGGCCCUGGAGUGGGAGAAACAGGGAUGGGUUAGAACUCAGAAUGAGGUCCAGACUCCAGCGGGGGAGGAGCGAGGAUGGAGCGGAGGUGAGAACGCCAGGAAGACCCAAGCAUCGAAGAAAGAGGACCAGAACCUGUCGAGACAUGAAGUUCAGGUGGGGAUGAAGAAGCUCAAGGAGAUAAGAGAAGAGGACUGGGUGGUGAUCCAGGCGCCCUGGUGGGGAAACCAGAGACUAGUACUGAUUGCAAUCGACAGAGGACUCAAGAUAUCAUGUUGGGGAAAUCAGGGUCAGAUUGGAGGGGAACACACUGCAGGAAUUCGGGCCCUGGAGAGUGACCAAAGACAAGGUGGAGAUGGUGGAGAUGAUGGGACAAAUAACCUGCCACCCGAGGCUGAGACGCAGGGUCAACUAAGAGGUAAAACUCCUCUGGAGACUCACGCAGUGGACAAGCUGUCACUAGGGAGGAGAAGCCAGAGAGAAGCUGGAGGUGAUGUUGAUGUAAAGACCCGGAGACCCAAGAGCAAGAACCAGGGACAGUUGACGGAAACCAGAGGAAGCCGUUCUGCAAGGUGGAGGAGCUGGGGACAGGCUAGAGAAGAGAAGGGUUCAGAAAACGGGGCCUUGGAGAAGAAAACCUGGGGCAAGGCUGGAAGCGAGGAUGGUAGAAAGAUCCAGAGAGCCAGGAGGAAGACUCAGAGGGUGCUAAGGAAGGUUAACGGAAAGACCUACUUGUUAGAGUGGAAGACCCCGCAAAAAAUCAGAAAGGGGAACGAUGCAGAAAUUCAAAAACAAGGGAAGAGAAACUUGCGAAACUUCGCAGGUGAUGGUGGCCCAGAGAGCCGAGCCUCACUGGGAGAGGACCAGAGACAGUCAGUGGGUGAAAGUGAUGGAAAGAUUCAGACCCAGGGACAAAGAGUCCAGAGCAAGGGUAGAGCUGUUGCUGCAGAAAUCCAGGAUGUAGGGGCCCAGAGCAAAUGCGGAGCUGAGGAGUCUGACCAGUCUCACACGUGGAGGAGAGGAGACAACCACCAGGUCAGAAGGAAGGAUGUUGUCAGGUCCAGUCUUCAAGGUGACUCUUCUGUGAGAGAGGGGCCCACAGGCAGGAAGCACAGCCUGGCUCAGUCUGCUUCUCUCAUUUUUAGACAUGGAACCCCUAGACACAAGCAGCCAGUCGCUGGAAAUGGUACAGACUCUGCUCCCUGUCCUGAGGAACAUCUAAGCAGGCAGGGCCCGGUCCCUGCCCGAAAGCACAGAGGCGGGGUCCGUGGAAGCUCCCAGAGAGCCCAACCUGGGUCUCAAAGAAGACAAGAAAGGGACGAAAGGGUGGAACCAGCAGAGGCUCCCAGCCUGACCUGCCAGCACCUCCACUCACAGUCUCAGCCAUCCUCAGUCUUCCCCUCUCUCCUGUGUCCCCAAGUCCGCCAGGCUGCCGCGGCUCCAGCAAGCGUACCCGCUCUCACCACUCCGUCCAAAUGGCCAGCCCUCAAGAAGAGCAAACAUCUGCUCCUGGAGUCCCUCAUGAAGAGGAGGAUCGCACACCUGAGGUGGGGCCUCCCUCGACGAAUCCUGGAGUCUUACUUGCUUUUUCACUUCUUAGAGUCUUGCGCUCUGCCUCGGGCUGGAGUGAGGCUGCCUGGAUCACGCACAGACCAGGACCGCCAAAGGCAACAGGAACAGCACUGGGAGCCCCAGGGAUCCCUGCUAGGCCCCGAGUGUCCAGGCAGGUCUCAAAGCCGUCCCGUUCCUGAAAGAAAAAGCUCAAAACUUUCUACCCAAGUCCAGGCUCUGGAGAAGGGUAAGCCACCCAAGUCAGAGCCAACGCGCAGCUCCGUUCCACCUAAGAAACCCAGGAGAAUUAGGCCACCAGGGGGAGCAAGAGAACCACAGAUCCAAGAGGAGGCCCCUAAGGCCAAGAAUCCUGCUCCGAGGAUUCCCAGGCCAGCAGCAGAGUCCAGGAGCUGGUGUGGCCCAGGACAGGUCCAAGAGCUUUCCACUGAGAGCAGUAGGGGCAGAAAAAUGGUCAGGCCUGGAGUCUCCCAUGUGCAAGAGAGGACUCCCAGCAGAGUGAGGGCACCAUCCUGCACAGAAGGCCACAACCACUGGAAGAAGGAAUGCGUACCAAGGGAAGCCUCUGAGCUCCCCAGACUCAAAUGUCAGCAGUCCCCAUACUUGAGAAGUGGAAGUGUGGGACCUGCAGAGGGCAGAGGGGGCUGGCAGCCACCUUUCCUCUGUUCUGCACAUACCUCCAGCUUCAAGGAUGUCCACUCUGCCACAGCCAGGCUGAGCAUGACAAUCUUGAGCAAGAUGCCAUGGUCACCACGGCUGGCGAAGCACCAGCUUUCAGCUCCUUUUCUUACCCCGAGGAAUCCUACCCCAUUUCCCAAAGUGAACGCCCCACAUACAAAGGAGGACACCACCAGAGUCCCCACUGCUUUGGAGAGGGCCCUAGAGCCACCAGGGCAUUGCUGUACAGGAGUCAUUGUUCCCAAGAUGGAGAGCGUCAAGGAACAUGAGGCACCUGGGAACCCAAACAGGGCACCCCGAGAUCCAGCAGUCUCACAGAAGUUUGGUUUUAUGAGGCACUUGAGAUAUUUUCUCAGACACUAUGGCCUUAAAAAGUAGGCCACAGGCCCAAAGUCCUUAGGGCGUGUCAGAGAAAACAUGAGUGACCUGCUAAGUCCCAGAGCCUCUAAUAAAAUUGAUUAUUUGGAUCGUG